GGUACCGGUGCGGGUACAUCCGGACGCGGCGAAGACGGUACCGGUGCGGGUACAUCCGGACGCGGCGAAGACGGUACCGGUGCGGGUACAUCUGGACGCAGCGAAGACGGUACUGGUGCGGGUACAUCCGGACGCGAUGAAGACGGUACUGGUGCGGGGACAUCCGGACGCGGUGAAGACGGUACCGAAGAU